AUGAAAAACUCCAAAACUAGUAAAGAUGUUCAACCAGGUUUGUUGAAGCCUACGAAUCUUAGAUGGCAACCACCUCCAUUAAACACCUAUAAGAUUAACUGGGAAGCUGCAGUUGAUAGAACACAGUCCAAAAUUGCUGUGUGUAUUAUAGUGAAAAACUGGACUGGAAAGGUUUUGGCCACCUCAAGACUAAGCAGACCCCUCUUCCUUGAUCCUCUACUUGCAGAAGCUUUUGGAGCGUUGGAAGCUACAUGUUUUGGCUUAAAGAUGGGACUCGAUAAUGAAAUUCUAGAGGAGACUCUCAACAAGUUAUUAAGGACAUCACAAAGGAGGGGUGAGCACUGGUCUGGUACAAGUAUGGUAGUUGAAGAUAUCAAGAUACAAUUGAAACAGUUUGUCAAAUGGUCGGCUAAUCAUGUGAGAAGAGAUGUUAAUAAGGUUGCCCAUGUCCUAGCUCGUAAUGCUCUAUUGAUUCCUCAUACUGUUGUUCACACAGGAAAUGUCCCUUCUUGUAUUCAAGAUUUGAUUUGA